AUGGUCUCCUGGAUCUUCUCCUCCUUCUGUGACCGGACAACCAUCGCCUUUGGGAUAUCGCUCCAAUACGCUGAGCACCCGAUUACUCGGACCUCAUUCCCUCCCCGCCUGCCAGUUCAAUCCCCCCCGUCUCUCGCCCAUCCGUGCACCGUCCAAGCCAUGUCCACCGCUGCUCGCCGCCGCUUGAUGCGGGAUUUCAAGCGCAUGCAAACAGAUCCCCCAGCUGGUGUCUCCGCCUCUCCAGUCGCCGAUAAUGUCAUGACCUGGUAA